CGCGUCAACACCCUGCUCGACCCUCGAGGCCCACCUGCCUGCUAGCCCUCCGACUACCGUAUCAUGCCCAAGCGACGCGAACAAGAAGAUUCUGAGGAGGAGGAGGAAGAAGAGUAUGAAGUCGAGUCGAUCAUUUCGGCGAAGGCUAAGAAAAGGGGGAAGAAACUGACUUGGUCGUACUAUGUCAAGUGGAAAGGAUACAAUGACCCAAAAGAUAACACCUGGGAGCCCGAGGAAUCGUUCGACGGCAGCGCAGACGAGAUCGUUAACAAAUUCUGGGAGCGGGUCAACCUAGGAGGACGCAAGAGGAACGUUGCAGCUGACUUCAAUCACGAUGAGCAGUUUCAUCCUACAGGACCGCCACUGAGGCGCAAGAAAUCUGCCCCGAGGCUGCAGGCAGAGCCAUCCCCUCCAACAAAACCUGUGAAGCCCACUCCUACUCCUACUCGCAAAAAUGCAACCACAGCUGCUGCCUCCCCUUCUGUCGAACCUGCGCGGCGAAAAACUGGCAGGCCUCGUAAGAGAGAUCCUUCACCCGAUUCAUCCGACGUGGAAGUGAUAGAAGACUCGGGGCCGUCAUCUCCUCGCAAGUCUUCGCGCAAGCGAAGUCGCUCCUCAAAGAACGCGGCCGACAAUAGUGUCGAUCAAAUCGUGGAACCGACACCGAAGAAGGCGAGGAGGGCAGUAGAGAAAAGGGCUACGGAACCAGAGACUUCAAGUUCGAGAAAUCGCGGCCGUCUCUCACGGGGUGAUAAGCCGUCGAAGUCGGGUGCUAAGGUCGCUGAUGAAGGAGAGGAAAUUACUCAUCAGACGGCUGAGGGUGACGACCUAUUCGGCCCAGAUGGUGAUGUGCCUAUGCCUGCUGAAGCUCCUACGAACUCAGACAUGGAGAUCGUUCCAGAUUCGACCUCACCCACACCUCCAGUUCCUGCACUCCCAGCUCACCGUGCCCGCGCAGCUAACCCGCGCGUUAAACUUCUCGAUCCUGAAGAGAUACAAGUGUCUCUGAACGGUGCUAUCUCCACCAAAGCUCGUGCCGUUACCGGUAACGGGCGGACGGCCGCCACCAACAACGCGACUGCCGGGCCAUCCGUGCCUCGUACAGAUUCUAAUCAGUCCCCGCCCAGGAAGUUUGGGCCACCGAAGCGAAAGCUUCCCAACAGGAAGGACUCGCUUCUGACUUUCGAGAAAGGUGGUCUCAAGACGCUGAAACGAGUUCCGAAAGCUGCUGAGCCUAUGCAAGAGGAUACUGCGGAAGUCCUAGAGUCUAGGAAUAGCCCUGAGGCGUUCGAUGCGAGCCUCUUCGGUUCAGACGAAGAAUCUGGUCAGCCUGGAACGUCCGUGCAGGCUCAACCGAAGCCGACAGGAAAAGAUCUGUUGGCCUUGGCUGGACACAAUGAGGCGGAUGCCAAUGAGCUACCUGAUUUCGACGAGGAGCCGGCCCCUGUGGUUGCUGAACCAGCACCGAUCCAGGAGAAGCCCGCAGCCCCUGUGAUUGUAACUAGGCCGGAUAUGUUCGCUGGUUUCAAACGACCCAGCUCGUCUAUGUUCAGUCCCUUGACCAUGGGUGGCAGCUAUUUCUCCCCGAGGGAAGAUCAAACCGACGCAUCAUUAGCACCUUUCCACAUAUUCCUCACACCCCAAGUAUCCAUGCCCAUUGAGCCAAAAGAUGUUCAUCCUACCACUCGUACCGACGGAGAAACCAUCGACGCCAUUAUGCAGGAUAUCAGACGCAAGGGAGACAAGUCGCCACCCGGAAAAUUCUACACACAAGAGCUCUCGCUUUCGAUCGUAGACACCUUGGAAAAGGCGAAGUCGCAUGCCCGUGUGACUCUCCACGAGUCAGCGAAUGACGGACACAGAGCUAUGUUCCAAUCUUUCUCUGCUCGCUUGAGUCAAGGUGGCGCGAUUGCUACGGCUUCUAUGCCACAUGUCGGGUUGAUGCUGUACUAUGCGGCAACGAACAAGCACCUCGUAGAGAAGCUGGAUGUCCCGGUAGCUCUUCGUGGGCUGGUGGACACUGUGCUCGUCUCGUACCUGCAUAUGCAAGACUUCAUGAAGUACGCGGAUCUGGCGACUAUGUAUGAGGAUGUCCGGUGGUAGGAUAGUGUUUAGUAGCGUAACACUUCUUGGUAUUCUCAGUCCUCUGCAUUGAUCGUCCCUCCUUGACAUCUGCUCUCGUCCGUUCUUAUGAGCUUACAUCCCCAUGCGUAUGAAAUGACCAUUAUUUCUUGUGCCGGCCUGAUAUCAUCCUUUGGUGUCGUUGCUCUACGUAUAUAUCUUCUUUCAUCAGACGAAACCGUUGAAGGACGAACGUAUGUCGCAAGCGCCAUGUCACAGAUUCAUAUACAAC